AUGCCUUCAGACGUUCCUAAGGUGGUCCCUUUAACCUGCCAUGGACAUUCUCGUCCAGUUCCACACAUUAGUUUUUCGUCUAUAGUGGAAGACGACCAGUACUAUCUGAUGUCAGCAUGCAAAGAUAACAAUCCCAUGCUUCGCGAUGGCAUGACAGGUGACUGGAUCGGGACUUUUAUGGGCCACAAAGGCGCCGUAUGGCAAGCUCGACUGUCAGCCGAUGCCAACAUAUCCGCGACCGCCGCAGCGGACUUUUCGGCCAAAGUAUGGGAUACACAUACAGGAGAAUGUCUGCACACAUUGCAGCAUUCUCACAUUGUGCGAGCAAUCGCUUUUCCAAACCAGCCGAACCCACAAGUUCUCGCCACGGGAGGAAUGGAAAAGAAGCUACGCAUUUUCGACCUCUCUCGGGGCGGCACCAGCAGCAGCAGCGGUGGUGGUGGUUCUAGUGAUGGAGCCCCAGCGGCGACGCAGCCACCACCACCACCGACACCAGCUGCUACAAAUAAUCCCGACUCGUCAGCCACCAGCUACGAAAUUGGACCGGGCGUGCACGGCGGCACCAUCAAGUCCAUUGUCUGGAACCAAAACUACAACAUCCUCACCACCGCGGCCGAAGACCGCAAGAUUCGAUGGUGGGACUUGCGCUCGCGACACCCCAUUGUCGAGCACAACGUCGAGGGCACCAUUGGCAGCUGCGAACUCAACCAGCUCGCCACGCGGCCCAACGACUCUGGAAUCCUGAGCGUGGCCUCGGGCAAAAGCAUCUAUCUGUUCGACGGCGCUGCGCCCGGCCGUCUUUUGAAAAAAGUCGAUUUCCACUACGAAGUUGCCAGCGUGGCGGUCAAUAACGAAACUGGCCGGUUUGUCACGGGUGGUGCGGGCGAGGAUACCUGGGCACGAGUCUACGACUUGCAUACGGAUGAAGAACUCGAAGUCCAAAAGGGCCACCACGGACCUAUCUGGUCGGUCAGCUACUCUCCAGACGGAAAACUGUACGGAACGGGCAGUGAAGACGGCACUAUCAAAUUAUGGAAAGCGUGUCGCGAGCCAUACGGGCUAUGGCGGUAG